CUACCGGUACUGCGCUACUUUACAUUUACAACACAAAAAACCAAAAGAUUUUCUGAUUCCAGCAUCAUGGCAGGAGAAGGGAUCACUAUUUCCCACUGGAUUUCAAGCCCUGUGCGCUACCAACAGCUCUUUAAAACAAGAAAUCUCCAAGAAAGCACUGAAGAUCAUCGACUCUUUGCCCUGCCAGGACCUGAAUGUCUGCCUGUUAAAGUGGACACUGAGGGGGCUCAAGCAGACAGCGAGGACGAGGAUUCAGGAGAGCCUAUGUUUCAGAUCCUGCUGGACGUGACUCAGUUUAAACCAGAAGACAUCCUCAUACAGGUGUUUGAGGGGUGGCUGCUGAUCAGAGGUCGACAUGGGGUGAGGAUGGACGAGCAUGGCUUUGUGUCGAGGAGUUUCACAAGACACUAUCAGCUGCCUGACUGUCAGCUACAUGCCGGAGACCUCAAAGCAAUGCUGUGCCAUGACGGGAUACUGGUGGUCGAGACCAAGGACCGAUGGUGGCCAGCAAAUGAUUAAAGAAAGGCAAUGACUGAGAAUCAAUCAUUAAGACAUGAUCAAACAUGUGCUGUGUUAGAUGAAGGUUUUUUUUUUAUAUAUAUAUCUGCUAUCUAGUAAAGAUUUGAACACUAUCUAGCUUGAUUACCUGCUUAACACAUGUGGCAAAAAGUGGUCAGUAUAAA